CUACCCAGGAGUGCUUAGGAAUUUCAUAUUCGCCAACCCUUAUUCAAUUCUAAUGUUUAUAGGGAAACAUCAUCAUAAAAUGUACACAGGGAAUUUCAUAUUAGCCAAAUAGAGAGCACAAUACCAUAACAGCUAAAUGCUUACAAAUUACAACCCGAAUUUAUUCAUAAUUGGAUUAUCAAAAUGAGAUGGUAUUAUACUAGUAUCAUCUUUCACUUGUCAUGCUAUUCUACCUCGUCUCAUUCCCCUGAAGUUAAAAAUUAGCCUCUGGCACACUCGUAUCAGAGGCAAAGAAAGAAAUAGUUUCACAAAAGGAGAGAAGCAAGCGAGGGAAAAAACAAUAUUUACUGUUACAUUGGGUUGAUUUUGAAUAGAGAAUUUUGGCACUACGAACUGGGCUUUAAUGGCACAGGCCACAGAGCCGUUGCCCGAACCCAGCUUCUUCCGGCCAUGCACGCAACCCUCCUCUAUCCUUUCUCUCCAUUUCCCGCCAUUUUUACCACAUUUCAGAGAGUUUGUAUAACGGUAACCUAUGCGCAAACAUAAAGCAAAACUUAAAUCUCAUUGCAGAAGAAGGAGGAGGAGGAGAAGGCAGAUGUUUAGCAAGUCCAUUGCGAGCACUUACUCACCGACAAGAAGUCGAAACUUUUUCCUAAACCUCCUCAAGAAAUCCACCACUCUUCCUCAGCUGACCCAAACCCACGCCCAACUCAUCCUUAACGGCUUCCGAAACGACCUCUCAACCAUAACCAAACUCACCCACCGGCUCUUCGACCUCAACGCCACGUCUUACGCAUGUGACGUCUUCCUCUCCAUCCCUAACCCCGAUCUCUUCCUCUUCAACGUCCUCAUCAAAGGCUUCUCUAAUACCCAUUCCAUUUCGCUCUAUACCCAUUUGAGGAAAUGCACUCGUCUCAACCCUGAUAACUUCACCUACGCCUUCGCUAUCGCCUCCGCUUCGACCCUUUCAGAUGAGAAAGUGGGGAUGUUUUUGUACGAACAUGCGGUUGUUGAUGGGUAUGGAUUCGAUUUGUUUGUGGGUACUGCUGUUGUUGACUUCUACUUCAAGAUUUGGCGGGUUGAACUUGCACGAAAAGUUUUUGAUAAAAUGCCUGAAAGAGAUACGGUGUUGUGGAAUUCGAUGAUUUCUGGGUUGGUUAAAAAUUGUUGUUUUGAGGAUGCAAUUCGGGUUUUUAGGGAUAUGCUUGAAGAUGGUGGGAUUCGGUUGGAUUCAACUAGUGUGGCAGCAGUUUUACCGGCUUUCUCGGAGUUGCAAGAGUUGAUUUCGGGGAUGGAGGUUCAAUGUUUAGCUUUAAAACUCGGUUUUCAUUCCCAUGUUUAUGUGCUUACCGGGCUCAUUUCUUUGUAUUCAAAAGGUGGGGAGAUUGAGGCGGCUAAGUUAUUGUUUGGAGAGAUUGGUAGACCAGAUUUGGUUUCUUGUAAUGCAAUGAUUUCAGGGUAUACCAGCAAUGGUGAGAGUGAGUGUUCAGUGAGGCUUUUUAAACAACUCCUUGGUUCGGGUGAAAAGGUCAAUUCAAGCACAAUUGUGGGAUUGAUUCCUGUGUUGUCUCCCUUUGGUUAUUUAAAUCUUACUAAUUGUAUUCAUAGUUUCUGUGUGAAAUAUGGUUUUGUUUCACAAUCUUCUGUUUCAACAGCAUUAACUACUGCUUAUAGCAGACUAAAUGAGAUUGAAUCUGCACGGCAGCUUUUUGACGAGUCAUCAGAGAAAACUCCAGCUUCUUGGAAUGCUAUGAUCUCAGGUUACACCCAAAAUGGAUUGACAGAAGCAGCAAUAUCUCUUUUCCAGGAAAUGCAGAUGUCUAAAGUUGGUCCUAAUCCUGUCACACUUACAAGCAUUCUUUCAGCUUGUGCUCAGCUUGGAGCUCUAAGUCUGGGGAAAUGGGUACAUGGACUAGUUAAAAGCAAGAGUUUUGAUUCUAACAUAUAUGUGUCAACCGCUUUAAUUGACAUGUAUGCAAAGUGUGGCAGCAUUAGAGAGGCUCGACAAUUGUUUGAUUUGAUGCUGGGGAAGAAUGUGGUGACUUGGAAUGCAAUGAUUUCAGGUUAUGGCCUCCACGGCCAGGGCCAGGAUGCACUUAGACUCUUCUCUGAGAUGUUACAUUCUGGGGUUUCACCAAAUGGUGUUACAUUUCUUUCUCUCCUGUAUGCUUGCAGUCAUGCUGGCUUGGUGAAAGAAGGAGAGGAAAUAUUUCGUUCUAUGGUCCAUGCUAAUCAAUUUAAGCCCUUAGCUGAACAUUAUGCCUGCAUGGUUGACAUCCUUGGCCGAGCUGGCCAAUUAGAGAAGGCCUUUAAGUUUAUAAAAGAAAUGCCAGUUGAACCAGGUCCUGCUGAGUGGGGUGCAUUGCUUGGUGCUUGCAUGAUCCACAAGGAUAAAAAACUUGCUCAUGUAGCUUCUGAAAGGCUAUUUGAAUUGGACCCAGAAAAUGUAGGAUAUUAUGUUUUACUGUCAAAUUUGUACUCAGCUGAGAGGAACUAUCCACUGGCUGCUUCAGUCCGACAAAAUGUUAAGAAAAGAAUGCUGGCAAAGAUUCCUGGAUGCACUCUAAUUGAGAUUGGUGAAACCCCACAUGUCUUUACAUCUGGUGACAGGUCCCAUCCUCAAGCCACAGAAAUAUAUGCAAUGCUAGAAAAAUUAAUAAGGAAAAUGAAGGAGGCAGGGUUUCAGACAGAGACUGAUACGGCAUUGCAUGAUGUAGAGGAGGAAGAGAAGGAGCUAAUGGUAAAUGUUCACAGUGAGAAAUUGGCCAUUGCUUUUGGUCUUGUUGUUACGCAACCAGGAACUGAGAUUAGGAUUUUUAAGAAUCUUCGAGUUUGUGUAGAUUGCCAUACUGCUACAAAAUUUAUAUCAAAGAUUACUGAGAGAGUCAUUGUGGUUAGGGAUGCUAAUCGGUUCCAUCACUUUAAAGAUGGUGUGUGCUCUUGUGGAGACUAUUGGUGAUGAAUUAAUUAUUCGGUUCAUUGACUAAGAUGGUUUGGAGAAAUUAGCAAAUCAAGAUUGAGUGCUGUCAUCCAACUGAGGCAUGUCAUUCAAGCCCACCAGUCAACUUGGAUAGAAUCGCUUAUGCCAGAGUUAAUGCUAGUGAAUGCAAUUAAGGCUAUGUUUUGACGUUGCAUACCUGUGUUCUAUAAUUGGCAAGUUUUCUAAAGGUAGAACUAGGAGAAUGCCAAUAAUAUUCGGACCAUUCAGUUGUUCGACAUGAGCCUCAAGCUUCUGGUAAUCUUUAUAUUUUCAUCAGUCCAUCCUUCCUGUUUCCUUAGGUCCUUGAAGAAAUGUUGUGCACAAACAGAUUGCGGAGUAACUUUUUCAUGAAAAAGGUAUUCUUCUUGCAAUUUUGACUUCUUAGAGGAUGUUCAUUUAAACGGGAAAAUUCUUUGUAACUUACUUCCAUUAAUGUACUUUUUAUUGUUAAGUAAUAUUUUUUCAAUAAGCACCAUUUUUUUAUUUUGUUAAACUAUUUGUGUAGUUGUGCUUGACAUGUGUGUACCAUUUUUGCGAAUUACCAUCAGUUUUUGUGUGUGUGGUGUGGUUCUGUAAGAAGUUGAUACCAUCAGAUCUCAUAAGUCAAGUCCUAGGUACCAAAAAUUAGAACACACCAUGUUUUUUUUAUUACUUUCGUUUUGCAGUUAUAUUUUGAUUAUAUUUUUGGAAAGCCCCAGUACUGACCAUCAUGACUCUUAUUUUUCUUUUUUUCGUUCUAAUGUUUGGACUCUGAAAAUACAUACUUUUUCUCCUCCUUUUCUUUUGACUCUUUCAAUCC